GGAAUGCGGGUGGGAAAAUAACGUUCAGCGCACCGUCUUUAUUAAACAUGGCGACCCAAGGACCGAAUGGAGAUUUUCCUUAUUUACCCUGUGGGGCAGCGGAGGUGAACCGACUCAUCCAGGAGAACGGCGACCUGUUCUCUGAGUCGCAGUGUCGAGUGUGCAGCGCUGUCCUCAUUUCAGAGUCACAAAAGCUCGCACAUUACCAGAGCAAGAAGCAUGCAAGCAAAGUACGGCGUUACAUGGCCACCCACGAAGACGAACCCUUCGCCAAGAGAUUCAAACCCUCUUCACAGGAUGCUGAAAGUGGUGAGGUCCUGCAGUAUGAAGGUGAUAAAUACAAAGCUUGCACCGUAUGCAACAUGAACUUUUCCUCUGCAGUGGUGGCUCAAUCUCACUACAAAGGCAAAGUGCACGCCAAGAAUCUUAGAUUAAAAACCUUUGGGGUGCAGCCACCGGCCAUACCUCAGCCUGUUGUUCCAGUGAAGAAGUUAGACAUACAACCCGUGGGCCCCGCUGUUAACGACCCCAACCGCUUUUGCAACAUUUGUCAGGCUUCCUUCAACAACCCAUUGAUGGCUCAACAACACUACAGUGGCAAGAAACACAAAAAACAUUUGACCAAGCAGAAACUCAUGGAGACCUUUGGGCCUUCUGCCACACCAGGUGAGAAAGAAGCCUCUACAGUAAAAGGCUAUCCGUGUACCAUGUGCAAUAUCGAGCUCAAUUCAGUGGAACAGUACCAGGCUCACAUCAGCGGCGCCAAACACAAGAACCACGUUCGACUAAAGGAAGGCGGCAACUCCAUGGUGAGCCCCUUGAGAAAAAAACAGCCGGACUAUCUGUAUGGCUAUAACCAGCAGCAGCAUGUCCAGGAGGACUGGGGCAGUUUAAAGCAGGACUAUGAGUCAGGAGGUCUGUAAGGCAUGACUGCCCUCGAUGUACGUUCCCGACAAGCUGCUUCCGUUCCGGCGAAGGCUACGUCUCCCUUCACUACACCAGAUCCUGCUCCAGCAUCGCUCGUUAUUCUGUAUGGUGUAUCGUUCUUGCUCGGAGGUAGAUGAGUGAACGCCUCUCAUCCGCACCUCCGUACUGUUUUGUUGUUCUAAGGAUAUUUAAAUUAGAGUAUAAUCUUACAGUAAUACGUUAGAUAAAUAGUUCAGCCGCUGCACAGAGCUGUGUAAUGACUGAAAUUAUUCCUGGAGAGUCAAAACCGGUUGUUUAUUUUU